AUGUAUGAUUGGUACGCCUAUGCCAAGAAUAAUAGACACGGCUGCACCACCUAUUGGAACUGUCGCCAUCGACGCAUUGGUCACGAGCCGUGUAAUGCUCGGUUGUCCACCACCAGGCUGCCAAAUGGAAACUUCAAGGUGUUCCUGUCCAAACCUGAGCAUAACCAUUCUCCUUCUAAACGCCUUCUCCUGUCCACAGAAAGCAGCGUAGCCAUCUACUCGGCCACAUCGCGGGGACGCAUGCAACUUAUAUACGGCGGCCAGCCGUUCAUCUUCGAGAAGACCCUGAAGCUAUCGACGGGCGAGGAGAAGCGAUUCUGGAGAUGCAAUCAGUGGUGGAAUCAAAAGUGUCGGUCCCGUGUAUUCACUAUCAACGACGUUGUCUGCCCCUUGAAUCGAUUCCACACGCACGAGGAGAUUGUCCGCCGCAAGAAGAGAGUGCGCCGAGUACCACCACCGGUAGUGGUAAAGGUAGACACCACAGCGUCGGCCAGGCAGCAACAGCAUCAGCAGGAGAUCCAGCUAGCUAGCGAUGCCAUGCUGACCACAGCCCUGGAGGAUGAAUCACCAGCCACUAUCGACGUCAGCGAGUUGGGAAUGCACCUGAAGUACGAGGAGAUAGUGGCGGAUGUCACGGGCAUUGUGGGCGGCGUCCGAGUGGUCAGUCGUCGGAAGUGAUGCCCGCCACCUCAUCCGGAUUGGUGGUCAUCUAAUUUCAUUAACAAUUGUCGGAGUGGAUUAUAGUUUAUAGAAUACAUUUACUUUUCUUAGACACCUCAGACAAAAAUGUACAUUUUGAGAACUUUAAGUAGCCUAAAAACAUACUAAACUAAUUUAAAUGUGAACUUAAAAAUUGUUCAUAUUAUUUAGUCAUUUAUCAAAUGAGAAUUAUUACUAGUUUGUCUUUUGGGCGACCACGCUCCCAUCUCUUACUUGUGCGUAAAUAUAGGUUUUAACUUGAGUUUGUAGGAGACGGACAAACUAAAUUAUACAAUUCACUUUAUAUACAUUUUAAUUAUAUAUAUGUGUGUAAAUCCAAUAAAAUUAAGCCUUAACAGUGCACUUUA